AUGGGAGGCAUGCUCUCGCGCGAGCCCGUGACGGUGUCGCCCCUGACGCACCAUUUCCAGUCGACUACACAAGCCGGCACCCUCGUCUACGUUGCGCUGUCGAAGAAGAAGCAUCGUGUGAAUCCCAUCACCGACUCUCGACGUAUUGACAAUUCGGUGUUCUUCGGACUAAAAGUCCCUUUUGACGAGAUCGAGAUCGAAAGUCAGGUUGGCACGGGCACGUUUGGUGUGGUGUACAAAGCGUUCUACAAGGGCAAACACAUCGCACUCAAGCGACUUCUUGCUCAGCGCUACUCUGCCAAGACCGUACAAGAUUUCAAGAACGAACUCUCCAUUCUCUCUAUUUUGCAGCACCCCAACAUCGUCCAGUUCCUUGGAGCCGUGCUAGAGCCACCGACGCUCUGCCUUCUUACCGAACUUUGCGCUGGGUCACUGGCAGAUCUUCUGCAACUCGCCCGCAGCAAGCAACUCAACAUUACGUGGGGGCUCACGCUUGAGAUCGCCAUGGACUGUGCCAAAGCAUGCGCUUACCUCCACUCACUCAACCCUUCCGUACUGCACCGCGAUAUCAAGGGGGAGAAUUUACUCAUCUCUGAAGAUUUUCGAUGCAAGUUGAGUGACUUCGGUCUCUCACGGAGCCUCGACAAAAACACCAAUGCACAAACCAUGUGCGGGACUCCACGGUGGUUAGCGCCAGAAGUGUUCCGAGGCGAGGACUAUUCGGAAAAGAUCGAUGUCUACUCCUACGGCAUUGUACUAUGGGAGCUUUUUUGCUUCAAGAAGCCGUACCUGGACAAGGACGCCAUCAACCUGGCCUACCUCGUGGCACACGAGGAUCUUCGCCCCGAGCUGCUUCCUCACAUCCCAGAGAUCCUUCAUCGGAUCAUGAAAGCGUGCUGGGACCCCGACCCAAUGCAGCGACCGUCCUUUAGUACUGUCAUUUUCCUGAUAGAAGAAGCCAAGAACGUCGUGCCACUCGGGCUGGCUAUCGAUCUGUCGAAGAGCUUCUCUGAGGCCACUGCAGUACAGCGCCACAUCUCGACAAGACCCAAGACUCCGUCGACCAAGAAAAACUACGGACUUACCUCGGGCAUGAUUUAA